AUGGACACUCCGCCAUAAAACAAUUCAAAAUAUAAUGUGGAUGAUGAUUUCAGACAUGAUAUUUGCCAAAGAAUCUAUACGAAGGCAGGAAGUAUAAUACCAAACAAUUAAUAGAAAUGACUCAUGGUCAAAACUAGUAAGCUAAAUAAUUUUCAGAGAAGGAUUAACUCUAAAAGAUGCAAAAAGAUUUAAGGGAUAAAUUGAAAUACAUCGAAGAAACUAAUUGGAUGUUUGAAGGAUUAAACAAUGUCAAUGAUAAUUUUUGA